AAAGUCUCGGCUAGUCAUUUCUUUUUCGCUAUUGUAGAUAAAAAAAUGAAUUUAAAGAGGAGUUUCGUCAAACUGUUCACGUCUAGAGACGCAACACCAUUGCCUUGGAAAAUGCUUUCUGCAAUGCUACUCGUUAUGAUACUCAAAACGAUGAAUGUGACAAUGAUCUUUGCAUUCCUACCAAAAUUGGUGAAGUCUUUUGGAACAUCAGAAGCUGAUACAGGUUAUUAUGCUGGUGUCAUUGCAUCUUCUAUGGGUUUUGGACAAACAAUCUUCAGUUUGAUGUGGGGGUACAUUGCAGAUGUUAAAGGAAAGAAACCAACCCUUAUCGCUUCAGCAACUUUGAUUAUGUUUACCACUUUAGCAUUUGGAUUCACUAGUAACUUUGAUUGGGCUGUUACUACGCGAUUUAUGCAAGGAUCAUCGUUAGGUAUUUCUUUAAUCUCUAAAUCAAUAAUCGCAAAUGCUUGUGAUGAUACAAAUAUGGCGUUUGCCAUGUCAAUCUUAUUUUCGACAGUUUCGGUUGGUUUCAUUAUUGGACCAAGCGUAGCAGGUUUUUUGGCAUUCCCGUCCGAACAAUAUCCAGAUACGUUUCCUGAAGAUUCUGUUUUUGGAAGAUUUGGUAUUCUUCUCCCAAAUUUACUUCUUGCUAUUGGUUUUGCAAUUGGCAUCAUUCUUCUUGUGUUAUUUAUUCCAAAUGAAUUCAGGAAUGAAAAUGAAAGAACACCAUUACUGGAAUCUUUAACUCACAAGCGAAGGAAUUUAACUUCUCGUGCAACUGAAAAUGAAGUUGCAAAAACGCAAAUCACCCUUGUGACGCUUAAAUUACAAACAAAAGAUAAAGUUCAACAACGUGGCUGGAAAGCAUGGUUAGCUAAAAUAAAAACAUAUAAGCUAAUAAAAUUACUUCGGAUGAAAGAUUACGCACAAGUCAAUUUGGUAUAUUUCGUUAGUGGAGUCACUGCACUUGGAAAUCAUGAAUUACUACCACUGUUUUUGGCUAGUUCUGCUGAGUACCAUGGUAUGGGCUUCUCUACAUCAAAAAUUGGGCUAACACUUCUGAUGGUGUCGGUGUGUUUCCUUCCACCUCAGUUGUUAAUUGUACCUAGAGUUGUCAGACGUUACGGAUCGAGAAAGGCCCUUAUUGGAGGUAAUCUUUUGGUCGCAUUCGUAUGUCCAUGGACACCUAUUUUGGUUAAUACUAUUUCCAACAGAACUGCUGCGUGGAUGGCUGUGGUAGUUGUUUCAUUUUUGCAAAGAACACUUAUGGCAACUGGUUUUGUUUCAAUUAAUAUUCUGAUUAAUAAUUCAGUUUCACCAGACCUUUUGGGGUCAGCAAAUGGCUUUUCAAUGAUUUUCUUCUCGCUUGGAAGGAUGAUCGCACCACUUAUCGUCGGCAGCACGUAUUCUUGGUCUCUCAAAAACAUCCGCGACGUCUCGUCUAAUAAUAAUCCUAUAGGAUUUCCGUUCGAUCAACAUUUUUCUUUUUAUAUUCUGUCGUUGAUGUCUAUAUUGAAUGGUUUUUUUGCUGCGAGAAUUUCAACCGGAUUGGACAAAAAGAAGAAAGUUUCUCCUGAAGUAAACGGUGAACAGGAAUGCAGUACAAAGAUUUGACUUUCUGAUAAGAUCUUUACUGUUGCUAUUAUCUUCCUAUUAUUGCUAUUAUAAUUAAAGUCAGGAAUCCUCUUUUACCAUCGAUUAGUACACACUAACAAGUUUUAGUAACACAAAGGGGGACUCAGCGUCGAAAUGCCUGGUUAAGCCGCAAGUAGCUGUGUGUCCCGGUGUUGAAUGUCACGUUGAGCGCAUAAUUAAGCCAUAAACUGUGCCGCACAUCUAGGUUAGCACAGAUGAAAUAAAAGCAGAGUUGACAAACCGAUGUUAUUCUGUUAUAGAAAAACAAUCGGUCUAUAUUACUUUAUCGUGACACUGGGCUGAGUGUUUCGUACAGGCAAACGGUGGUGUACAUCCACAUAUGCGUAAUAAUCGUUACUUUAUCGCAACCUCUGUUUAAAUAAUAACACAGGAAACAGUCCAUAGUUAACACCCGGCGGUUUGUACAGGUAAACCUUAUUUGUACAGGUGCAAUACAGUUUUCAAAAAACAUUUAUCGCACCUUCAGGUUAAGAGAACAUAGGAAACAGCCUGUACCCCCAGAUAAAACAACCACUCAGCAAUUUUGUUUUACAGAAAAAGCUGUUAUGAAGUUCUGUUCUGGCCAUGGUACCCCGCUAGCUAGGUAACAGGACCCACCCCCGGCAGAUGCAGCUGACUAAAAAAUAGAUUGGUAAAGAUAUCAAAGAUUUAAAGGUAGCUAGCUGGCUCUUUAGUAUGCUCAGUAAUUGAC